UUUGCCUAUCUUCCUCCAUUUACUACUUGCCAGCGAAACAAAAUUGUGACAGCUGAUUCUCUUGUUGGUGUUUUUUUAUUUACAACUCGGUAAUGAUUUUAUCUGUACUUGUGCACACGCAUAAUUUAAGAUGGACUCUGCCUCUUGCACUUUCGCUAGGAUCCUCUCCUAUUUACAUAAGUGUGUGGGCAGCAGCCAGGAUUGUGACUUUUUGUCUGCCUCGAUCUGUUUACACAUAUACAGAUGACCGAUUGUAUUCGCUGUAUCAGCGAUUGGUUUUAUUCAUAUUUAAUACUUAUUCGAGAUCAAAGGUAAAAGUAUAUGGCAAUAUAUCUGCUCUUAGAGGCAAGAAAGAAAAUGUCAUAUUUAUAUGUAACCAUCAAUGUACAGUGGACUGGGCUGUGGCCAACAUGAUUGCCCUGCCACAGGGGUCCAUAGGCAGGAUUCGCUACAUACUGAAGGAUGGCCUCAAGUACUUUCCACUUUAUGGAUUCUAUUUUAGCCAGCAUUCCUGCAUAUUUGUGAAGACGAAAGAUGGCAAAUUUAAUGAAAUGAAAGCUCGCACUGAUGUUGCUAAACUGAAAAAGAACAAUAUUCCUGUAUGGAUGGUGCUGUUUCCAGAAGGAACUCGGAUGAGUCCCGCUCGUAAUGAUGUGCUAGAGAAACGAAGGUCCUAUACCGCUAUGCAAGGUUUGGAGCCGCUGUCUCACGUUUUGAUGCCAAAGGUUCGAGGAUUACAGCUGACCCUUGAUGAACUCGGGGGUCAUGUCAGUGCAGUGUAUGACCUAACCAUCGCCUACAGCAACACUGUUGACCCCCAGACUGGGUCAAGGCUCCCUGCACCAGAUAUAACUGAAUUUGUUUCGAAAAGUUCCCCAGAAAUUCAUUUACAGUUUGAGAGAAUUCCUAUUAAAGAAGUCCCCAGUGAUGAAAAUGGACUGAAAAUGUGGCUUUACAGCAGAUUUCAGGAGAAAGAGAGACUGCUUGCUCACUUCUAUUCAAGUAACGCUUCUAUGGGGGGUCGUUUUCCUGGCGAAUCUCAAGAUCUGAAUAUCCCAGCAUCCUCCACUCUUCCUUCCUUCCUGUUCUUCACUUCCUGUCUAGCUGUAUUGCUAAGCAACAAGACAGGUCGCGACCUCUAUUGGAAAACAUGGCUGUUUGGUUCAAUUGCUGGUUGCCUGUGGAUGGCAGUUAGACACUAGUCAAGGUCACAAGUCUUGUGGAAAAAUGUCUGGACAAAGAUUGUUUGUGAAAUUAAAAAUAAAAUAAUAUAAUAUAAAAAUGUUUUGCGAUAUGUACUUUUUCUGGCAUUUUUAUGAAGAAGACCUUAACACGAUAGAGCCAAAACAUAAUGAUUUUAGGUUUUCCUUAAAGAGUUUCUUUGAUACAGGCUCUGAAAUUUAUUUACAUGUUAGAUAUGCCUUUCACAAGUCAUCAGAUUGUUAAAUAUCACAUAUUUUAAGAAAUGCUAUGACUGCCCUACUUUUGCAUUUAUUGUUUUUGCAAAAUAUUUAAUGCAAUGAAGUGUUAUUACGGAUAUUUUUGAUAUUUCAUUGAUCGAUUUCCAUUCUGUUUAAGUUUUGAUUCUAUGUUGUUCGUACAGAUACAUAAGCUUAUACAUAAAUCUAGAUGUGAAUAGUUGUUAACAAGGUUUCCCGAAGGAAAGAAAUGGUUAUAAGAUAGGCGAUGUCGGCGGGCUGGCGGGCGGAACAAGCUUGUCCGGGCCAUAACUUUGUCAUUCAUUGUCAGAUUUUAAAAUUAAUUGGCACAUUUUUUUACUUUAUACGGUGUGUCGCGCGAAAGAAUUAGGUUGAUAUCUCCAAGGUCAAGGUCACAAUUUCAGUUUGAAGGUCAAAAAUGGCCAUAAAUGAGCUUGUCCAGGCCAUAACUCUGUCGUUCAUUGUCAGAUUUUAAAAUCAUUUGGCACAUUUGUUCACCAUUAUUAGACGGUGUGUCGCGCAAAAGAAUUACGUCGAUAUCUCCAAGGUCACAGUUGGAGUUUGAAGGUCAAAAAUGGCCAUAAAUGAGCUUGUCCGGGCCAUAACUUUGUCGUUCAUUGUCAGAUUUUAAAAUCAUUUGGCACAUUUGUUCACCAUCAUUAGACGGUGUGUCGCGCGAAAGAAUCACGUCGAUAUCUCCAAGGUCAAGGUCACAAUUCGAGUUUGAAGGUAAAAAAUGCCCAUAAAUGAGCUUGUCCGGGCCAUUACUUUGUGAUUCAUUGUGAGAUUUUACAAUCAUUUGGCACAUUUGUUCACCAUCAUUAGACUGUGUGUCACGCGGAAGAAUCACGUCAAUAUCUCCAAGGUCAAGGUCACAAUUUGAGUUUGAAGGUCAAAAAUGGCCAUCAAUGAGCUUGUCUGGGCCAUUACUAUGUCAUUCAUUGUGACAUUUUAAAAUCAUUUGGCACAUUUGUUCACCAUUAUUGGACGGUGUGUCGCGCGCAAGAAUUACGUCAAUAUCUCCAAGGUCAAGGUCGCCACAACCAAAAGUAGAUUGAUUUGGAACAACUAUGUAACUAUGAACAAUCAGUAACAAUGCACAUUUUAAUUUUGAGUUGUCUCUCUUUACCAGACUUUUUUUUCUAAUUGAAAUCAAGGUCAAUUUUAGACAAGGGGGUUAACAAUACACAUUUUGAAUUGUCUCCCUUUAUCAGACUUUUUUCAACUGAAAACCUGGUUUUGUGACAAUUUUGUCCCUUGUUAGUCCCCUACCGGUUUCACUGGAGGGGACUUAUGGUUUUCGCUCUGUGCGUCUGUGAGUCUGUCACACUUUUCUGGAUCCUGUGAUAAGUUCUUAAUAUUUUUUCAUGAAACUUGGAACAUGGAUAGAUGGCAUUAUGGACAUUAUGCACGUCAUUUCAUUUCGUUCCUACGUCAAAAAUUCUGGUUGCUAUGGCAACAAAUAAACUAGAAAUACUGCUGAAAAUGGUGGUUUUCUGGAUCCUGCGAUAAAUUUAAAAGUUCUUAAUAUUUUUUCAUGAAACUUGGAACAUGGAUAAAUGGCAAUAUGGACAUUAUGCACGUCAUUUCAUUUUGUUCCUACGUCAAAAAUUAUGGUUGCUAUGGCAACAAAUAUAUAUUUUUUAAAUCUGAAAAUGUCGGAAUUUCUGACAAUGGUGGAGCCGGUAGGGGACUUAUAUUGCUUGACAAUAUUCUUGUUGGGUAUAGAUCUGUCUUAUCUUUUAAAUAAAACUACAUGUGUUGUCAGAUAUGUAUAUGUACUGCGUUUUAUUAAUGAUGUAGAUCUACUGUGUAGACUUUGCUUAUUGUUUAGUCUUAAACAGAUCUAGCCUUUACCAUACCUCAAUUUCAGAGAUAUGUUAGAUUCUUAAUAGAUACUUUUCCUGGCCGAUUUCCUUAUUGUAAAUCAAAUACAUUUUUUAUGCCCCCGGAUCGAAAGAUCGGGGGUAUAUUGUUUUUGGCCUGUCUGUCAUUGUAUGUAUCCCAAAACUUUAACCAAAACUUUAACCUUCUUUAUAACUUUUGCAAUAUUGAACGUAGCAACUUUAUAUUUUGCAUGCACGUGUAUCUGAUUGAGCUGCACAUUUUGAGUGGUGAAAAGUCAAGGUCAAAUUCAAAGCGGCGCAUUAAGGGGCGUUGUGUUUCUGACAAACACAUCUCUUGUUUCUGCAUAUAUUUCUUGAUUUAUUCUUUUAUGAAACUUUACAUUUUUAUCACAAUUAUAUCAAAUGAUUAUUAUAUUGCUGAUAAUUCUUCUUGUUUUUUUAUAUUAAAAUGUUAUGAUGAAGUAGGCGCAUCUACAUAUCCAUUUAUACAUUGUACUAAUUCAGUUGCAGGCUUUUUUUACUUGGUUGAAAAAUAAUGUAUGCUAUAGUGAUGUGGACAUUAUUUAUUGGACAAAACAUGUGGGCCUGGCUGUCAAAGUGUUUAUCCUUGCAUCUGUCCCAGAUUGUCCUGCCUGUAACUUCAUUAUUGAUUAUUCAAUUUUCAAUUUAUUUCCACAAAAUGAUGACCAUAUUGAGCAUUAUGGCACAUGUAAGACCUGGGUUCUUAGCCCUGUGGUAAAGGUUACACUUAGGGGUCAAAUGUCAAAAAUGGGCAACUUGGUUGGAAUGCAGCUUUAUUACUCAUCUUGCAAUGUGAAAAUAACUUGCAACAUAUGUUCAUCAUGUACAUGUAAUUAUCACAUGCGAAUUGUACAAACAUUGUCCUUAUCUCAAUUAUCAAGGUCACACUUUAUAUCACUGUUCGAAUUUUAGCAUCAUACUGCUAGUUUUGACUGUAACUACAUCUUUCAUUGGGAUUUAACAAAUAUCUUUCCACAAAUGUUCAUAAAUUUGUAACAAUGUAUUGAUUGCAAGGCCUGUGUCCCAAGGGCAAAUGUCAAUAUAAUUCUUAAAGAGCAGUGCUCAAAAUAUGGACAUGAUACAGCUUUUGCAGACAAUACUUUACCAUUCCAAUGGCAAUUUAAAAACAAUAUGCCUCACAUUUUCACCAUGUUGAGAGUACAUGAUGUAGGUAAAGCCUGUGUUUGAAGCUCAGAAGUCAAGAUCGCACUUAUUUUUAAAAUCAUACCAUGAAUUGUGUUUGUCACAACUGGCUCAACAGUGGAUAAAAGGCAUCUUAAUUUCAGUGGCAUAUUUUUUGUUUGCAGCAAACAAAAGUUAUUGUCCCCUACCGGUGAAACCGUAGGGGACUUAUGGUUUGCACUCCGUCUGUCUGUCAGUCUGUCUGUCAGUCAGUCAGUCAGUCAUUCACACUUUUCUGGGUCCUGUGAUAACUUUAAAAGUUCUUAAUAUUUUUUCAUAAACUUUAAACAUGGAUAGAUGGCAAUAUGGAGAUUAUACACGUCAUUUCAUUUUGUGCCUACGUCAAAACUUCUGGUUGCUAUGGCAACAAAUAUAAAAAAAAUUUUUACUGACAAUGGUGGAGUUUCCCCGGUAGGGGACCAUAUUGCUUGGCAAUCUCUUGUUAAAUGAUUAAUUAUUUUAUUGUAAGUUUUUUUCUUGCAAAUUUUCUGUGAUUUUUCUUUAUAUAGAAAAACACAAUGUUUUUUGUUAAGUUAUGCUUUUCUGUGUGGACAAGGUAGGCAUAACAUAUACUGUCAGAAAAAAAAGAAUUAACACUCCUUGUAUGUUCUUGUAUACAUUACUUUUAUCAGGCUUGGUAAUGUGAUAUUUAUAGCACAUUGUUGUUGAAUUUAUAAGCAAUAUUCACUAUUGUGAUUUGUAUUUGAUAUUGAUUAGUCAUUAUACAUAAUAUUUGUAUCAAUGGCAUGCUUUUGCUAACACAUUUAAAUGAGCUGUACCUUUUACACCAUGCUUUUUAUGUAUGUUUAAAAAGAACUUCCAUUUUUAUUAGAGCUUCCAUUUUAUCUUGAAUUGAAGGAUCUGAUUUCAUUUAGUAUUACAAGUAUCAGUUUUUAUUUGUAUUGUAAUGUUUCGGAUAUGUUUUAAAUGUUUUGAAUUAAAUAAAACCUGUCAACCUUU